GGUCCCACGUUGGGCGCCACAUAUCUCAACAGCGACUCCCGCGUGUUGUCAUUGCAUAACACACGUUAACUAUUUCUACGUAGGUAUAAAACGGUAAAAGUGAAGUGAAGGAUCCAAAAAGUGCUUGGUGUUUAUAUAAUAGCGGUUGUUUGCAAAACCCCGCCAAAUCUGAAGUUGACACAACCGAUGACAAGACCAAUAUUUAUGGCAAAUCUUUAAAACUACAAAGUGCUAGUAACAGCAAGUUGAUUUGUGUACAUAAUAUUUAAUUAAUAGUUGAUAACAUUUGGUGAAGUGACACGUGACGUGCUCUCUCAGGUUACCACAGGGCUACGCGAAACUAUGUGGGACAGUGAAAAAAUGUGAACUGGAGUGUUAUAAGAAGAUGGUAGCGAGCCACUUAGCGUGGGUCAAAUGGAAGCCGUGAGAUGAAGACCGUCACCAUGGCAAAUAAGAUGCUGCUGUCACUGCUGCUGCAAUGCAUCUGGGUCGUCACCACGGCGUCCAUCAGUAGUGGAGGCGCAGGCCUGGGCGCGCUACCAGGCGUAAAUAACGGCGAUGGAGGUCGUCCCGAGCGGCCAUACUUCGAUGACGUAUCGCCGAGGAACGUCUCUGCUGUCGUGGGGCAGUCUGCCGUGCUAAGGUGUCGCGCAAAGCAUAUAGGCAACAGGACGGUAUCCUGGAUGAGGAAACGCGACCUGCACAUUCUCACCUCGCACAUAUUUACGUACACCGGCGACGCGCGGUUCAGUGUGCUGCAUCCCGAGCCUUCCGAUGACUGGGACCUUCGCAUCGACUACGUCCAGCCGAGAGACGCCGGCGUUUACGAGUGCCAGAUUAACACUGAGCCCAAGAUCAACAUGGCCGUCGUUCUCAGCGUUGAAGAUGAGUCCCUCCCCGUGACCCCGGCCCCGCCCCGCUCCUCAGCGGCCGCGGCGACCAUCUGGGGCUCGCAAGACGUGUACGUGAAGAAGGGCAGCACAAUAUCAUUGACAUGUUCAGUGAAUGUCCACUCGACGCCGCCCUCUAGCGCAUCCGUUUUAUGGUACCACGGCAGCGCGGUAGUGGACUUCGAUUCUCCUCGUGGCGGUAUCAGCUUGGAGACGGAGAAGACUGAAGGAGGUACGACCAGCAAGUUGCUGGUCACCAAAGCGGCGCUCACCGAUUCUGGGAACUACACUUGUGUUCCGAACAACGCGCACCCCGCAUCUGUGUCCGUGCACGUGCUUAAUGGUGAGCACCCAGCGGCAAUGCAAACGAGCAACCGGGCUUCGUCCUAUCUGACGUCACAGCUGAGUUGCGCGCUCGUAACGUACUUGCUCUCUUCCACCGUCUGCAGAUGAUCGCCCUAGCCGUUAGCUUACGGCUGCACAGGUGGAGCCUUUGCUUACAUUUUUGCGACAUUAAAAAAAGUUAAUUUUGACUGUGUAAGUAUAGGUCUUUGUUAAGUGGAAUGAUUGUGUUGUUUCUAAACUGAAUAUAAUUAUGUUUUAGAAAAGGGACACUCCAUGUAUUCAAGAAGGUAUAAGCCGAGACUUUUUAACAAAACUGGUCAUAUGUAUAUAAUUAGAAAUAGUAACGUUGCGUAGUGGAGUAAAUUAACAAGUGCAUGUAUUUCUUCUUAGGAGUCGAUACUACCUUAGGUCGAAUCCAAAAUUUUCCCGUACUAAUACGGUUCAUUUUGCCUGGGUCGAGCGACAGGGAUACUGGUUUCAUUUCAGAAUAUAUUUUUUACAAACUAAAGCUAAUAUAAAAAUGCACCAUGCGUGUUUUAUUUAGUUCAGUUGAUAAUAAAAAAGUUCAUUGGUAUAUGUA